AUGACGCAACAAAUGCCCAAGCUAGCAAGCUACAAGCGCAUAAUACUUUGCGCCGAUGGGACGUGGCUAGCGUCUGACCAGGGCAACAAGUCCGCGCCUUCGAAUGUUGCGAAGAUUGCUCGAGCGAUUGCGACUAGUGGCGCCGAUGCCGAUAGCAAUAUUGUAAAGCAGAUCGUGUCGUACCAUUCCGGCCUAAGGAAAACCAUAUAUGGCGCCAUCGGCUGGGGUUUAGACGUCGAAGUGUGCAAGAUCUAUGAUUUCAUAUCUAAUAACUAUGAGCCCGGGGACGAGUUGUUCUUCUUCGGAUUUUCGCGCGGAGCAUUCACAGUGCGCUCAGUCGCUGGCCUGGUAAGUGAUGUUGGUGUCCUCUCAGCAGUGCACAUGCCGCACUUCGCGGAGAUGUGGAAGGCCUACCGUGAGAAUACGGACGGGGAGCCCUUCAUGAAGACACCGUGGUAUCAGCAGAACAAGGACAAGCUGCGCUUGACGGAUGGUAUUAGGAUUAAAGUUGUUGGGGUCUGGGAUACUAUUGGUGCUCUGGGAAUCCCUGAAUGGCCGUUGGUGCGAUUAGCCACAAAACUUGGCAUCGCACUAAACAAACAGUACGCAUUUCACAACGCGAACCUAUCAAAAAAUCUGGACUAUGCCUUCCAAGCCCUUGCUAUUGACGAGAGACGACAAGCCUACCUUCCGACCCUUUGGCACAAGACUUCUGACGCCCCGGCCAAGGAUCUACAACAAUGUUGGUUCCCGGGCGUUCAUAGAAACAUCGGUGGCAAGGCAGAAGAUUCACGUACCGCUGGUGACCAUGGGGAGAUCGGCGACAUCGCAUUUGCGUGGAUGGUGGACAAUCUCUCCGGCAUGCUGACCUUUGAAGAGCCCGCGAUCAAAAUGCUCCUCGAGCAGCACCAAGACGCGAUAGCCGAGAACAACACCAAGAACAACACCACGAACUGCUGGGGCUGUGGGCCUAUCGUUUCCAAUUUCUCCGGGCUGAAAGGCGCGUUCUUCCGUAUACUUGGCAAGCAAGACCGCACGCCGGGCAACUACCAGCGGGCCCCCGGUGACGGAAGUGAUCGCGCCACGAACGAGUCUUUCCAUCCGAUUGUCCGGAUACGGAAGAGCAAACUCUCUAACUACAACCCAAUGUCGCUUUACGGGUAUUCCGCCGAGAAGUCUGAUAAUGAUGCCGGCUGGAUGUGGAACAAAAAGGAAAGACAGGCGGUGCCCGAGUAUGUGAUGCGCCCGGAAAAGAAUAUGAGUGUGCUGCACGAGGGAGAGUAUAAAACUACGAGUACUAGCUUGUCAAGGUUGAUGUGUCCCAAAGUCCUUCUGGAAGAUCUUGAUAGGGAUAAUGGUGUGCCACCAGAGAGUGAUCACGGGUCAGGACUAUUGCGUUUCAGAUGA